AUGAAGACUCACCUGCCCCGACUGAACAAACUGCGGAAAGUACUGGCAUCGGCUGAGAAGGAUUUUCAUUCCGGUACCCGGUCGAAUGCCUCACACUACACUGAAUCAGCUCCACCAGACGGCAGGAAGGCGAAUUUCCAGGCCGUCUCGGGUGAGGGCAUUUCAACCCAUGAAAAUGACGCAAGCGACAGAGAUGCAAUGUCGGAGGUUGACAGCGUGGUCCCAAACGAGCUUCCUGAGCAUCCCAAUAACGUGGCUGAUACGUCUACGAAGGCUCUCACAAUGUUGAUCUGCGAUCUCGAAAGCAGAGUCCGAAAGCUGGAAGAACAAGUGAAGGGUCAAAGCCAAGAAAAUCACCGCCUGCACAGGAGAGUGAGUAGCAUCUAUGAGAGUGUCCCGACCUCUCACACCAAAUCUCGUCGUUCAGCUCGGUACAAGGAUAUGGAAUCGGAAUGA